AGGCGUGGAAAGACCCGACCCUCGACGUUAAAUAGAGACACACACACACACACACUACUAGUUAGUCUAGCCGAUAGGCCACCAACCAAUCAACCAUCCAUUACACACCAAAAAGGUACUAACGUUGGCGUCACUCUCUCUCACAUGCCACUCGUUCCGCAAUGGCCUUCCACUAGGAACGUUCCUGCCUCGUUCUUAUCAUAUCACUUAUUUUGCGAUUAUAUGGCCCUUUUCUAUCCGGAAACUCAUACAUCAUGGCUGCCUGGCUAAGGUGGCUUUUAGGCGCGUCAAAAACAGCGAAGGAAGAUGAUCAAAGGAACGUGAUUACAAUGUUCGGUCCAUGCCGCGUGACGAUUCAAGAAGGGCGUUUUCACUGCUUUUGCAAAGCAGGCGUCCAUUUACAUCCAUCCACAUCCAUUGACUUGAGCGAGCUGUGCUCAACGUGCGACCAUCCCUUGGUAGAGCAUGAAGAUGUCUCAGAUCACUUGUUUGAUUUGGCCCAUAAGCUUUCCACACUCGAACCAAAAUCGACCGGUUCCUCUUCGUCUGUUCCUGCUAUACAACUUGCAGAUACGGGGCUCUCCAAUACCAUAUCCCCGCGAACAAGGUCUAUCAAGACGCUCGCCCGUCUAAUUGAUGAGCAUGCCGUGAUUCAUGUUCGCGGAACACCGGCAUCGGGUAAAAGCACAAUGGCAAAACUUCUUUUUCGGCAUUAUUCUCGACAUUGUUUGACUCAGCGACAGCCAAAGAUUGUCUUUGCUGCCGACUGGAAAGACUGGGUGGAAAACAAUAUGGACACUGUUGGUUUUCUGGUUCGACAGUGUCACCAACUAGGGCACAAGAUUCAGAGAGCAGAAUUUUUGAAUGAGGCGAAUGACGACCUCAUUUUCAUCUUAGACGAAGCGCAGGUAACUUAUUCUGAUUCCUUUUUUUGGUAUUCAGUAAUCAAAGAGCGCCUCGCCGCCACCAAAGGCCCACGGUUCUGCCUAUUUACAUCGUAUGGCAGCCCAAGUACCGGCUCUCCUGAUUAUCCGAAAACAACCACCCCACCGAUUCUGAAAAGGGAGCAAAGAAUCUCGUUAAUAGCCCCUCACGAUCACGUUGGGCAUGAUCUCUGUUUAUUCUACAAACAAGAGGAAUUUAAAGACGCCGUAAAAAAAUGGGCUGACACCACCGACCACACAAUCGGUGAAGAUGUCGCGAGCUACAUUUUCGAACAGACAAAUGGACACCCCGGACUUGUGGGAGCGAUGCUCCGAUAUGUGGCGUUGUUUUACCGAGAUCAUCUCAAGCGGUCUGGCGUUUCGCACAUAACAUACCAGCAUGUUGGCGACGCGUUAGAAAACAACCGCGAGUUGUUCAAGUUCCUUAAUUAUGAUGUCGCGGGAAGGAGUCUUCCAUCAAAAGCGAGAUUGCAAGGUAUUGACCCCCUAAUUGUCGGUGUGCUGUUGCGCAUCUUGACCCAUGGGAGCCUCGAAUUCAAUAGGAAUGAUGAUGCAUUGGAAAAGUGUUUCAGACUGGGCUUCAUUCAUGUGGACGAGCCCGAAGAAGGUUAUAUGAUCUGUGUUUUGCCCUCUUUUCUGCAUGCCCGUUUUGUUGAAUAUACAUAUGGCCUGUCUAUGAUGAAACCUUUCCCGGUCACUAGCUAUCCCAAUAUUGAGGCCUUAGCAUUGAAAGUGUUGCAGAGGUUCUCGAGGACGAUGCUUUGCAUGGCGGAACGGGGCCAACGAUAUGGCCCUUCUGGGAAACCACGCCCUGUUGAGGCGGCCUAUCAGGAUGAAUUCUACAGAUGUUUUGCUGAAGAAGUCGGCCCAGGUGUAGGUAUUGUUUCUGAAAGGUCAUGCGUCGGUCAGGGGCGCAUUGAUUUCCACAUAAUCACCCCUGGCUGGGGAUUCGAACUUCUACGUGACGGCGACCGGCUUUUGGAACAUUGCAAAAGAUUCGAACCACAGGGAACAUAUCACCAGUCCAUCCUACAAGGCCUACUCACUGAUUGGCUGAUAUUGGACUGUAGGCGCUCAAUGCCUCGCAAACUUUAUUCGGUGCCCAAACUAUGGCGGAUAAUUUUUUCCCAAGAUUAUUCCCGCGUUCGAAUCCUAAAUGGUGACAACGAAGAAAUUCAUCCCGAGUUUUUCUUAACCAACCAUUGAUGGAACGCAGAAUCCCUCUUUCUCUCCCUUUGAUUGUUUCUGCCUUUCGUACGAUGCUGAUGACUCUAUGACCUUUUGAUGACCUCUUGAUGACUACAUGAUUUUCUUUUGUCAGGAUAGUUCCCAUAUUGUAUAUCUUUGUAUGGUCUAGGCUAGGUCGUUUGAUUUGUGUAUAUCUCCUGCUUGCUGUUACCGUUAUGGGGCAGGCUAAGUAAGAUUAUUUUACGCGGGAGAGACACUAACUAGAUCAUUCCGGUUAUUGAUAAUGAAAGAGGCAACACCGAUAAAGAGUUCUGUGGUUUGCUUGUACUGGUUUUGAAGGAAAUGAUGGUUUGGAGGUAGUCUAGCAAGUCCCAAGGCAGCAUAGACAUAUCAUACGGUUUAGUCUUCUUUGAAUAUGUAAGAGUGGCCAACACCUGAGCAAGAUCUGAGGAAUCCUGUUUUCUAAACCUUUCUCGAGCGCCCCUCACAGCAAAGACGUUGGAAC